AUGGGCUCCAGGCAAGAUCUGCAGCUGGAAGGGGGUGCCUUGGGGUCCUGGGGAAGUGCCCCCCCAUCCUCCAGGGCCAAGGGACCAGCAUCAUCAGGCAGGAAAUACUCAGACCACUGUGAGGCCCGCGCCUCAAGGCCUGGAAAGAGCCGCAUCCCUGGCCGUGACCAUCGGCGCUACUACCACGACCACUGGCGGCUGGAGUACCUGAUGGACUUCAACCCUGCCCGGCAUGGCAUGGUGUGCAUGGUGUGUGGCAGCUCCCUGGCCACCCUCAAGCUGAGCACCAUCAAGCGGCACAUCCGCCAAAAGCACCCUUACUCCCUGCACUGGAGCCCCCGAGAGAAGGAAGUCAUCAGCAAUAGCUGGGAUGCCCACCUGGGGCUGGGGGCCUGCGGAGAGGCUGAGAGCCUGGGGACCCAGGGGGCUGAGGAGGAGGAGGACGAAGAAGAAGAAGAGGAGGAAGAAGGGGCCAGCCUUCCAGCUUCUCAGCCUAAGGGUGCAGGCAAAGCCUCAGGUGGUGGCAGUAGCCGGCGCCAGCGCCGAGGGGGCUCAGGGCCACCCAGGGCCCGGCGGCGGGCCUCCCGGAGGGCCGGGGGCAACAGGGGGCUGGGGGCCCGUCGUCUGGAACGGAGGCUGAAGGAGUCCUUGCAGAACUGGUUUCGGGCUGAGUGUCUCAUGGACUAUGACCCGCGGGGGAACCGGCUGGUGUGCAUGGCCUGUGGCCAGGCACUGCCCAGCCUGCACCUGGACGACAUCCGGGCCCACGUGCUGGAGGUGCACCCCAGCUCCCUGGGUCUCAGCGGCCCCCAGCGCAGUGCCCUGCUGCAGGCCUGGGGCGGCCGGCCCCAGGCGAGGCCCAAGUUCACCCAGUCCCCAUCAGACGACAACCUCGCCCCCCAGGACCUGACCAGAAAGAGCCGGGAUUCGGCCCUCGCUGCCAGAGCCCCUUCCUCUCAGGAGCCCAGCCCCCCAGACGUAAAGGAAGAGGCCGGCUGGGCCCCUGAGAGCCCCAGGCCCGCAGAGGAGGAGGGCGCGGGCACGGGCACGGGCGCGAGGGCGGGGGGCCGGGCCCGGCGACCGCGGGGCCGCGACCACCGCCGCCACUACCAGGAGCGCUGGCGGCUGGAGUAUCUGAUGGAGUUCGACGGCGGCCGGCGCGGCCUGGUGUGCAUGGUGUGCGGGGGCGCGCUGGCCUCGCUCAAGAUGAGCACCAUCAAGCGGCACAUCCGCCAGCGCCACCCGGGCUCCACGCGCCUCAGCGGGCCGGACAAGGCCCUCAUCGCGCAGGAGUGGAGCGAGAAGGCCGCCCAGCUGCUGGCCCUGGGGUUGCCGCGUCCCGAGUCCCCCCGGGCCCCCGCCGCCCCCAGCACAGCCUCGGCCUCCGAGCAGGGAGGGGCGGAGGAGGAGCCAGAGGAGGAGGAGUGGUGGGGCGACGCCCCACUUUCCCCAGGGGAGCCUUCGGAGCGCCCCGCCGAGGAAGAGGAGGAAGAAGAGGACGGCGGAGAGCCGGAGGGGCUCGCCUUCCCUCCCCUGCCUCCACCCCCGCCGCCACCCCCGCCUCCGCCGCCGCCCCGCAGCCGCGAGCAGCGACGCAACUACCAGCCGCGCUGGCGGGGCGAGUACCUGAUGGACUACGACGGCAGCCGGCGCGGCCUGGUGUGCAUGGUGUGCGGCGGCGCGCUGGCCACGCUCAAGGUGAGCACCAUCAAGCGGCACAUCCUGCAGGUGCACCCCUUCUCCAUGGACUUCACGCCCGAAGAGCGCCAGACCAUCCUGGAGGCCUACGAGGAGGCGGCGCUGCGCUGCUAUGGCCACGAGGGCUUCGGGGCGCCAGCGCCCCCGCCGCGCGACAGCAGCGACCUCAAGUCGGGUGCGGUGUGCCGGGCUUAG